CCGGGGUGAUGUGGAGUGAGCUCAGUGAUUGUCUGCUGAAUAGUCCGAUGAACCACGGAAAUAUACAUAGUUUAUUCUACUUUGGCUGUGCCUGUUCUGCGUUCGUAUGGUAGGUGUGGUUCAUCUUUGGAUAACCUUUAAGCUUACAUUGAGCCAUGUUUUCUGCUGUCUCUGGAAUGGAACCAGAAUCUGAACCUCGGUAUGAUUUUCGACAGGGAUUAUCUAAUUCAAUGAAUCAUAGAUCUUAUGAUCUAGAACUCCUUUACAGGCUUACUUCUUGCCAACACAAUCGAAGUUCUACCUUGGUGGGUGGACAAGCCCCCCUUGUCAUAUUUUGCGGGUAUACGGUUGUCUGCUCUGGUCCCAAGCACCAACAUCCCGAUAUGCAUAAGCUCGCGUUGGUAUUAGAGAAGUUCAGUCGUGCAGGAUACUGCCGUCACUAUCUCCCAUCAUAUAAUUGACACCUAACUAUAGAUUGACUACUGCCUCCUGA